GUUUAAACAGACUUCUGGUUGAAAACAAAAUUCAAGAUUUGCGAAAAGGGAAUUCUGGAGGUGCUGGAAUAUUUCCCCACCCACAAUCGCCAUUGAUGUUCAAAUUCUCUCCGAAAGAAGUCAAGAGGGAAAGCAUGAAGAUGAGUCUGACCCCAGAUGAAUCACGGACACUCUACUCCUUCCUAGCAGGAGGGGAUCAGCGCCCAUUUAUGGAUAUCAUCGCCGAUUUUACCGCCAAGAUCCCUCGCCCUCGCCACUUCGUUGCUUGUUAUUCCCUCGUUCUUCUCUUGGAGCCAAAGAAGUUGCUCAAUUCCACUCAACGUUUAGUGGGGUUUGCUAUUCUUCACCAGGCAUAUUCCUCGCAGAAAUCUUCUUCUAAUCCGUUUAUAUCUUUUAUCGUAAAUGCUGCUUCUAACGAGGAAGCUGAAAAAUAUGAGAGGGCAUUUAUUUUCCAGCUUUUAGCAUCUGACAGCUCCAGUGGUGGCAAAGAGUUCCUGAAACAGUCUGCUUCGGAUUACAUAAAAGGUUUCGAUCCUUCAUUGCAUGCUUUCCCUCAGUUAGAGCAGUUGCAGCAACAGUUUUGCGAUAAAGUCCAAGCUCAAUCGUUUGAUUGCUUUUCGAAAGACAGUUCAGUGAGGAAUGUGGUGCCAGACCCUGAUGUCCCACAGGGUUGUGAUGCAAACUCCCCCGAAUUUGACCUGCUACCUGGAGUUGUACCUAAACUGGGAUCCGGAGAGAGAGAUGAGACGUUGAUGGGGUUAUUGUCUAAUUUGUCACUUGAAGGAUUAAGUCCAGAGUGGAUUAGGCCUCUUCCACCAAGGCUUCCGGUACAGAAUGGAGAGUUAGUGUGGUUGAACCUUGACGAUCAUCAUGAACUUUUAUGGGAUCAUGGGAUGUGUGUUGACACUAGUAGAGGUGCAGCUGUUAGGGACUUAAUUGCGAAAGCUCUGAAGGGACCUCUUGCACCAGCUCAACAAGAGCAAGUGGUGGUGGAGUUGGCAAGUGACCCGAAGCUUGUAUAUCAUUGUGGACUCACACCACGAAAGCUACCUGAACUGGUGGAAAACAAUCCUCUUAUUGCAGUUGAAGUUCUAAAGAAACUGAUAAAUUCUCCUGAAAUUGCAGAGUACUUUACUGUUCUUGUGAACAUGGACAUGAGUUUACACUCUAUGGAAGUUGUCAACAGACUAACAACAGCUGUUGAACUUCCCUCCGAGUUCAUACACAUGUACAUUACUAAUUGUAUAUCAUCGUGUGAGAGCAUAAAAGAUAAGUACAUGCAGAACAGGCUGGUUCGACUUGUAUGUGUUUUUCUACAGAGCUUAAUUCGAAAUAACAUCAUCAAUGUUAAAGAUCUUUUCAUCGAAGUUCAAGCUUUCUGCAUCGAGUUCUCUCGGAUUAGAGAAGCAGCAGCGUUGUUCAGGCUUCUUAAAUCUUUGGAAUAAGUGAGUAGUAGCUGCAUCCAUCUCAGCCAAGCAAUUCUCUCUCUGUAAAUAGCAAUUGUUAGCCAUUUUACACUUGUGUCUUAGGCCCCUCUCCUCUUCUCUCUGUGUCUAUGGUUUAGCAAAUAUUUGACUAAGUAUAUAUUUGGUUUUAGCCCACUUCCCAUUUACACUUUGGAUUUUGUUGUUUUGCUUCUGCGUUUGCUGGCUGACUGGCUAUUGCUUUGGAAAUCCAUCAGAAUGGUGGUUUCAGGUUUUCCACAAGUCAUUGCUGCGUUCUGUGGGCAAAAUUUUAGAGAUGAAAAUAAUUCUCUGUUCUCUUUUAUACAAGUAUAUGUCAGUUGAGUUCUAUUUCA